ACACUGUUUCCUUCUCCUUGUAGGUGAAGGAAUGGAAAAUAUACUAAAUAAUAAAACCCUAUUGAUAUGAUGAAUUCAUAACCGUCCGAUCAAAACCCAAAAAGAUCUAACUAUAAAAAGGAAAUCGAGAUUCGGUGAGCCAUUCAUUGUUUUUGAUUCACACGAAGAGAAGAGAAGAAGAAGAAGAAGAAGCAGAAGAAGAGAAGAAGAGAAGAAGAAUCCAAUCAUGGCGGCUGCUGUAUCAUCUGUUUGGGCAAAGCCUGGUGCUUGGGCUCUUGAAGCCGAGGAACAUGAAGCUGAGCUCAAACAACAACCCUCUCCCACCAACCAGAAAUCCUCUGCCGAAGAUUCCUCCGAUUUCCCUUCCUUAGCCGCUGCAGCGACCACCAAAACGAAGAAGAAGAAGGGCCAAACCAUCUCUCUUGCUGAAUUCGCUACCUACGGUACUGCUAAGGCAAAGCCGGCUCCACAGACGGAGCGUCUCACUCAGGCUGAGCUGGUCGCUCUUCCGACCGGUCCACGUGAACGCUCUGCUGAGGAGCUUGAUAGAUCUAAGCUUGGAGGUGGUUUCCGGAGCUAUGGUGGUGGUCGUUAUGGAGAUGAGUCGUCCAGCUCGAGGUGGGGUUCGUCUAGGGUUUCGGAGGAUGGGGAAAGGAGAGGCGGUGGAUUCAACCGGGAUAGGGAACCUAGCAGGGAUUCGGGUCCGUCGCGUGCGGAUGAGGAUGAUAACUGGGCCGCCGCCAAGAAACCAAUUAGCGGAAACGGAUUCGAGAGAAGAGAGAGAGGCAGCGGCGGAGGAUUCUUCGAAUCUCAGUCUCAGUCCAAGGCUGAUGAAGUCGAUAGCUGGGUCUCCACUAAGCCAUCGGAGCCCCGGAGAUUCGUUUCUAGCAACGGCGGCGGCGGUGACAGAUUUGAGAAAAGGGGAAGUUUUGAAUCCUUGUCUAGAAACCGGGAUUCUCAAUACGGUGGUGGUGGUGGUUCUGAAUCGGAUACCUGGGGAAGAAGAAGAGAAGAAAGCGGUGCUGCUAAUGGCUCGCCACCACCGAGCGGUGGUUCACGCCCAAGAUUGGUGUUACAGCCACGUACACUUCCCGUGGCCGUUGUGGAGGUCGUGAAGCCGGAGAGUCCGGUCUUGGUCAUUGUGGAGAAACCUAAAGGUGCUAAUCCUUUUGGGAACGCAAGACCUAGAGAGGAAGUUCUGGCUGAGAAAGGCCAGGAUUGGAAAGAGAUUGACGAGAAGCUCGAGGCUGAAAAGCUUAAGGACAUUGCUGCAGCCAUGGAGAAGCCUAAUGAGAAAUCUACAGGGAAGAUGGGCUUUGGUCUUGGCAAUGGCCGUAAAGACGAGGAACGUAUUGAAAGAAGUUGGAGGAAAAGCACGGAGCAUUCUGAGGAGGAUGCUCAAGAGGAGGAACCAGCUGUAGAAGGGGCAAAGAAGGAAGAGACUGAGGACAAACCGGCUGUAGAAGAGGCUAAGAAGGAAGAAACUGAGGGUGAACAGGCUGUAGAAGAGGCUAAGAAGGAAGAGACUGGUGGCGAACCGGCUGUAGAAGAGGCAAAGAAGGAAGAGACGGAGGACAAAAUCUAAAGAGUCAAAAGGCAUUUUUGUGGAUUGUGAUAGUUUGGGUUCUUGAAGUUUAGCUUCUGAGAAUUUGUGUUGUUUAAUUUGGAUAAGUUAAGUUGUGUGGGGGAACUCUAGAGAAAAUUUUGGUAGGGUCUUUUUUUUUAUAAUAUCUCUCUGUCUCUUUUUUUUACCACAUACUCUGUUGCAAUUUUUAGGGUUUUGGGGUGUCUUUUAUUUUUUACGAGUUGUACAAUUUCAUUAUUGGUUUAAAUCUGUCUUUGAAUUUGGGAGCGUUUAGUUGAUCAGUGAUCAAUGGUGCGUAGAGAGAGUGAUGUUUGUUAUUAAGAGCCCAAUUGGCCCAACUUAACCCGACCC